UUAAGGCGGCCGCUGAGGAGCUGCUCUGCGACUGUUCUGUGGUUUCCGUUAUACGGAUCCUCCCAGAUACGAACUAGGCGCCUUGAAGUAUUUUGUCCGUCCUAGAGAAAGUGCUAAAUACAAGUGUUUUUUCAGCUGUGUUCUAACAUCGCUUUUUAAGAUGGUUGCCUAUUUAAUGUACGAUGCUGCGAAGAUUUAAAUGAAAAAAAAACGUGAAGACUAUCAUGAUGAAUUGUGGUUUUUGUUUUUAGUCGUAACCUGUACCGUACUUUUCAGAUAGACCUCUAGCUGGGAGGUACGUUUGUAUCGGAAUCCUGGGAAGCAUCGUGUACAGCAUUUAUUAGUAAGGAAAAAUGACUGAGGCGUUUUUUCCCGCCCGUUGAACUUCGCGUGGAGCCAAGAGGAGCAGCACGAGCUGAGCUUCUCGCAGCUACAUUGACUGCGGUAAGCUGUACACCGCCUUCCUUCUGCAUGUACCUCGUCAUGACAGUCAAAACAUUGAAUUAACCAUGGAUCACAGGAGUAUACCAAUUGAAGACUGGACAGAAUCUCAAGUGAGCAGCUGGUUAAAGUCUAUACAAAUAAAUGAGAAGUAUAUUGACAAAAUUAAAGAGGAAGAAGUAAAUGGACAAAUCCUUUUGUCUAUAAAUGAAGAAUAUCUGGGGAAAAAAAUUGGAAUGAAAUCAGGGCCGGCCCAUUUGAUAAUUACAAAAAGAAAUGAAAUGAUCAAGCCUUCCCAGAUGACAAAGGGUCAAGAGGUAACAGUUAGUAAAACUAAAAGUUUGACGCACCAUGCUGGAAAGGAGUCCAACGCUCACUCAAAUGCAGAGAAAAAGGAACACACCAAAUUUAAGAAGGACUGUAAACCAAGGCCUUUCUGCAAGGAGGGAACUGACUUCAAAUAUGUAAAAUACAACGUAUUACAACCUGAAACAGGUGUUGUUGACCUUAUAUUACCUUGUCAUGAAUACAAAUCAUUUGAAACAGCUUGUAUGUUAGACCGCACGAGGUUGCAAGCUAAACUUGCCAAGGAAACUCUCAAAUUUGCCUGUGGAUGCAUGAAUAUGCGAUCAAAUGGUACAAUACACUUUGGUGUGAUGGACAGUAGGGAUGACACUGGUUAUGUUCAUGGUGAAAUAACUGGUAUCCCUGUUACAGAGAAAGAUAUGUAUGUUGAUGCCUUGGAUUAUAUAGAAAAGUGCUUCAAAUCUGACAGUCACCUUGUAAGACAAUGUAUUCACCCUCCUGAGUUUGUUGAAGUUGUGGACAUGAACAGCAAUGAAAAAAAAUACGUGGUUGAAAUUGACAUUGUACCCAAACUUUGUGUUGUGAGUAGCAAAGUGUUUUCUGUCCAGCUCCCAAACUUUAAGGAAACUUCCAAUAAGGUUGAGUUAGAAAAGAAAACAGUGUAUCGUCGAGUAGGUUCCAAAACAGAACCUGUUAGCGUCGAUGACCAAGGUGAAUUUUUCUCCCAAGUUGCAUACAGAGAUAAUUGUAGAAGGGAGGCUGAAAACACCUCAAACAUUCCAGAUGUGCAUGAAGAUCUGGGAAGGAAGUUGACAGAGCUGAUUGCAGAUAACAAGAAAUUCAUUGACAAAGAAAGGUGGCACAUUCUUGUGACAAACAAAUUCCAUAAAGAGCACUUGGACUCGAUUGACUUCUUACUGAACCUCAGGAUUUUCAGUGUCUUUGACUUUGACCCUGAUUCUAAAGUGUCAGGAUUUUGCAGUAAAUACGAUAAAUACCAUGCUGCAAAUUUGCAUUUCUUACAAGACUAUAAAAUUCAAGAUCAAAGUCUCAAAGAGUUUGAAUGUUCCCUACAUUUGUUUGAACAAGUCAGUUGGAUUUUCUGCAAUGGACGAACUGAUUUUCGUAGAAAAGAAAUGCCUUGUGAUGAAAUGAGUUGGAUCCAAACCAAGAAGUCUCUUCUAACUGAGGCAGUGUCCUUGAUUUGCAAUCAAAUUCUACCACGUGGCACAUUUUUAGUAAUUUUUCUUCUCACCUCACCACUAGAACUGCCAAUUGUUCAUACUUUCCAUGCCUUUUUUGCUGAAAUGCAAGGGCAUGAAGACAUAAUUUGCAUUUCUGAAACCCAGGAAAAUUACAACAAGUGGGAAGGUUAUGCCACAUCUUCUUGCAGUGCAGAGACUGUGAGCUCCAGGAGUAUUGUGGGGAUGAAAAUGAACCAUGUCAAUGCUACAAUUCAGCAGCUUCAGCCAUCAUCAUCAACACCUUCCAGGUGUUUGCCCCUUUCAAGUAAAGCAGUGUGCCUGCUUGAAACAGUUCAAGAAGAAAGAAUGUCAUCUUUAGAGAUUUUGAGUGUCAAUCAGUGUGAUGAUACUAAUGUUGACUUUAAGGAUGAAAUUGAAAGAGUUGAACAGGAUUUCUACCGUGGGGGUAAAGUGAGCUGGAUCAGUUUCUGGUUAUCAGAAAAAAAAUAUGUUGGAGAAUUCAUAGAAAGAGACGUUUACAAAGAAAUUUCCAAACUCAUCAGUGACACUCCCAAGUGGAGCAUGGAUCAAACACCUGUUAAUGAUAUCAAGAUAUAUCACCUACCUGGUAGUGGGGGAAGCACCAUUGCACGGCAUGUGCUAUGGAACAACAGGAAAAACUUCAGAUGUGCAGUUGUAAAGCCAUCAUUUUCUGCUUCAGCUGUUGCUGAGCAUGCAGUCAAGCUAAGAGAGUAUGAAGAGACUGAUGUAAAGAACUGUCUUCCAGUGUUGCUGCUAGUUGAAGAUUUUGAGAGAGAGUUCCUAGGAGACCUGAGAAAAGAACUGGAGGUAGCCAUGAGAACCAAGAAAGUUGUGCAAGGAACACUGUGUUUUACUCUUUUGAGCUGUAUACAGUCACGUGACCCAGAAAAAAUGCGUAAAGAAUCUCCAUUUCAGAGCUUUGCUGUUACACACAAACUGUCAGCUGAUGAGAAAAGACAGUUUGAGCGUAAAAUGACAAAACUUGAAAAACAGUAUGCACCAGAAUACAUCAUAACAGCUGUAAUGAUGAGUAAGGAAUUUAACAGACAAUAUGUUGAAAAAUUUGUCAAAGAUUUGCUUGAAGGCAUUAAUCGCUCACUUGUCGUCACUCGCCUCAUUUUGUACGUCGCAUUACUCAACACUUAUGUUCAGAACUCUUACCUCUCCCAGUCCCACUGCGAAGCUCUGUUGUUACUAACCAUGGAGCUUACCUCAGAAAACCAGGAGACAACUGCCAAAAAUAAAAAACCCAGUUCUGAAAACAGGUUCAGGAGGCACUUCUUUGAAUCUUCAUUAAGUGUACAAGCUAAAGUUCUUUUCCUCCACCUAAGAGAUGAAAAAACAUAUAUCCAGUCUAUACGCAUAAUUAAUCCUGUGGUUGCUGAAGCAGUUCUCCGACAGCUUCUAGGUGGUCAGCAGCAGGGUGAGGUAGCACUGCACCUUCUUCGUGAGAAAGUACUCUUUCAAAAUAAUUUUGGGAAAGACCACUAUCACAAAUUUUUGCGAAAUCUCUGUAUUAGACGAAACAAGAUAAGAGAAGGUGACAAAUCUGACACUUUGUUUUCUCCGCUCAUUGAACAUGUUAUGGAAAAAGAAACACCAGAAAUGGCUGUUGAAAUUCUGGAAGAAGCCUACAGAUGUUUUGGUGAAGAUGCCUUCUUUGCUCAGCAGCUUGCACGGUUGCAUUAUACAAAUGAAAAUUUUUGGGAUGCCAAGACAUGGGCUGAGGUAGCAGAGAAGAAGUUGCCAAAUUCCUUCAUCUUGGAUACAAAGGGUCAAGUGUUUAAAAGAUGGUUUAAAGCAAAACGAAAAUUACUUGGAGAUGGUAACCUAACCCCUGAAAGUACAGUGGAUGCAAUUGCAACAGCACUGGAAGCAAUUGAUUGCUUUAAAACUUGUCAGGAAGCAGCAAAUUCAGAACAGGAAACUAUGAACAACUCAGGAUACUUUGCAGAAGUUGAAGUGGAAUGUGAUCUUAUAAAUCUCAUUUUAAAAGUUUUCCCAACAUGUUCCAAGGGCCAUGCUAUGUGUCUGCAGUACUUGGUUGAAGGUUACAUUCCAGAACUAGUGAUGAAGCCCUGGGAGAAGUUUCACAGUAAACUGAAAUACCUUCACAAGAAUUUGUUUGGAGCCCUGGAAAGAAUUUCUGAAGAUCUGAGCUACUUCCAGACUGAUAUUGAUGGAGGACAGGAUGGAUUUCAUAGCUCAGAAUUUAAAAUAAGGAAUCCCAUAAGGUGGUUAGCAGCAAAAACCACCUGGUACGGUAGACUUUUUAGUGAUGUACCAGUACCUUCUUGUAGUGAAAGCCAAUUCUCAAGUCGCAUGAAAAUUUGUGCUCUUGGUGGUGGUAAUAUUACAAACAUUUUUUCUCUCUUGUCUGAAAAGAAAGAAGAGAAAUUGGCUGAGAUUGUUCAGGUUUAUUGUGAUCAGAAAGGGAAUCUUGAUCAAAUACAAGUCACCAAUUACAUAGCAUCUCAGAUUGCCUUAGGUUGCCUUUCAGAUACUCCAAAUUUCAAUCUACAGGAUCUUCAGAAACUCAGUGAGAAAUUCCCAAAAGACAGAAGUAAAUGUCAGCCAAAUGCUCUGUUCUUGCUCACAUUGCUUUUCUGGCCAGAAGAUAAUGAUAAUGAGCAUCAGAAAGAUCUGAAGUACGAAAUUAUCACGUCAGCUGUUGACUAUCUUAAGAAAAGCUAUACAAGUAAAAGGAAAGAAGUCCCUCAGAAGGAGCAAAGAAUUUUUACUCAUUUUUUCCUUGGCAAAGGGAGGGGACUGAAGAAAAUUGUUCACAAAAGUAAAAUGGAAAACCUUGCUCAGCUCCCACUGUCACAAAAAAGAAUGAAGUGGUUCAGUGGAGAUGUUUGGAAAACACCAGAGAUCACAGCACUACUGAGACAUGUUCAAGGCUGGACAGAGAAUGGAAACAUCUACAUUGAGGGCUCAAAAGGAAAGGCGUUAAAAAUCCAUGCCUUGAACUCAAAUUCAGUUCCUGAUGGUAACGAGAAUGUUGAAUUCUUCUUGGGUUUCACAUUUAAUGGCCCUGUUGCUUGCGGAGUCACGGUCUCCAAAACCAAAUAGUUAAUGAAAGUACAGUGUAAAUGAGGUCUGUACCUUUUGCAACAUUUAAGAAGCUCAUCAGAAACUAACUAAAAAUACUUAUCAAACGUGAUGGUUCUUGAAAAUUCACCAGAUAUUCCAAAUCUGGAGAAAGGCUUUAUUGUCAGGUUGCGGUGAAAAGGACAGUGUCUUUGAGUGAUGUUGUAUUAGGGACACCAAAUGCCUGCUUUGUCAUGCCCUCAUGCCAAUCAACUGCACCUGCCCCGAAUUAGAGCAGCCAGGUAUAAAGAAAGCCGUGCCAGCUCGUCUGGUUGUGGGACCUCAUUGAGUCUACCUGUUUCUCCUGUGACAGCAAAAGAACCCCAUGUACCUCUUCAUCCUUCGUCCUUUGCCCUUUGUUCCUUGUUUGCUGCCUUUCCGGUUUCAGAUCUCUUCCUUUGCCCGAUCAAUUUAGAUUCUUGUCACGUCCCAAGAACAACGUCUGCGCCUCAAACAACCCAUGCCUGUUCCCAACUACGAUCCUCGCUUACUCCUUCUUUUGGUUUCCAUAAUAAUUGGUCCUGCAAUUGGGUCCACACCAGCGCCUCAGUCUCCCGCCCUCGUCCCUAACAUGUUUGUUAUUCUUGUUCUUUUAGUUAGGGUGAUGUGGUGGCACAGCAGGUUUGGCCUGUGUCUGUUUGCUGGUGGGUCUGGGGU